AUGUUGGAAUUCUAUGUCAUAUUGAUUAUCCUGGUCAUAUAUAUAUAUUUCUUUGACCGAUUUUGGAAACCACUUUGGCGAAUAUUGCGGCCUGACGAAGAUCCCAAAGUCGGACUUGUGGCAAAAGAUCCCCAAGCCUGUAAAACAGUUUUAUCACACGUCAACUGUGGAAGUCGGGAAGGGUACAAAUCGCAGUUCAUAUCAACAACAGCGUCUUACGAUGUUGCACUGCAUUAUAAGGCAAAAGGAGAGGAAAAAGGCUUGACCGGAUUACGAAUCGCCGAGAUUUACCUUGACUAUUUGCCUGCGACUUGCAAAUUGGAGAUAGUAGACUUGACAACCGAGGAAAACCGAUACAAAUACCUAGGAAAUGCUGUAUGUAAGAAUUUUGCUAAGGCGUCCUGUGAGGUGCUUCUUAAAUGCAAUGUGCCAAUCCCGUGUCACGUCGUUGAUCCCCUUGAAGAGAACAAUGUCCUUGAAAGACUCUUUAGAGCUGCGAACUUUAUACCAUUUUAA